AUGGCGGUGGCUAAGAAGGCGAGAGAGUCAUCUCCUCAGGCGAAAGGUUCUUCUGCAACAUUAGUGGCUGAUUCCAAGGUGGACAAGUCUAGCCCUGCAAGGGAUGCAAAUGUGUCUAUUCUGCUGAAUACGAACUUCCUGUCAAGCCCGUUUGCUUGCUUCAAGUUGGUUGAUCAUAUUUAUCAGGCUAGCAAUCUUGAUACAUUUUCAAGUGGCAGAUGUGCGAAUCAGGCAGGUGGAGCUGCUGAGAGCGUGGCUGAUCAGGCGAAUGCAGAAGAGACUGCAGAUUAUGGAUCUCUUGCUGGCAUCUCGGAGUAG